CGGCGAUGGACGGGACAGCUGUCAAGGCCAGGCAGGCCGAUGACCAAUGACGGAGUGUUGGCUCAUGAAUGUCAGCAACAACGAUACAUACUAGGGUCGAGCGAUGACAUCAACAAAUGGCACCUGAUCAACCUGCUUUUAUGUAUCGACCAUCUGACUCUUCUCACAUGGCGACUUUCUGCUUUCAUGCCCUGGCGGUCAUCCAUGACCCCGGGCUCAGCUUGUGUGGAUGCGACCGAUCCGGAGAAGCCUAGCGGCAUCCGGACGGCGGUGAUCGCCGGGCCGGCGAUGGACCAUCCAGAGGUUGAUAAUUGAUUGUAAGCUGCUCACUGCUGGUCCAAAGGGAUGGAAUUGACAGCACAGCAGUUGCGGACAUCUUGUUGGAUGAAACUGGCUUCAGAAGGAAAUCCAGGGCGAUGUUCGCGAAUCCCCUCCUCUAGCUCCCUGCUCAGUCAAUUCAUGUCUCCUUGACUCAUCACGUACAGUCGAAAACUCACUAUACUCGAGGGCUCAAGAUGAAGGCCUUUGGAGAUGAGAGUACCCCUGCUUAAACAUCACACAGACAUUCCUAGUGAUCAGAUGAGCACCAAGCGAUUCAUCGUCUUCGGCAAUCCACCCACGCUACAACAACUCCGAGCUUGGUCGAUCUCAUCGCCGGACAUACCAAUCACCUGGCAGACGCGCACAGUUUAUGACUCCACCUCGCAAGCCCAUGAUCAUCAGUCUGGAUCGAAACCUGAUUGUACGACCGAUCAACUGGUAGCCAACUCUCAUCAAGCACAUUCUUCCGAUCCCCCUCGCCAUCCAUCUUCGGCCAACGAACGUUCGACCCGCCUUCCGACUCUUCCUUCUGCCUCUGUCGGCCACUCUAAACAUCCAGGAGAUAUUACCGCCAGCUCAGAAUCCCUCGAUCUCAAUCAGGGAUCAAGGAAGCGACCGAGGCUACAAACACCAGAAGAACGCGAUGAUGAAGUAGAUACCGAUCAGGAUGUUUCGAAAGACUUCCCUGGCAAUGGGCAUGAUGCGGCGGCUACAAACUCUGACAGCAUGGAUUACUACCAAAGCCAGCUGGAUUAUCGGGACUCUUUCGACGAGGGUUCUGGGGACAUCUCUUCAUUGACGCCCACGCCAGGCAAUCGGACCAGCUGUUUACUGUCGAACCCUCCACAGGAGCUUACAAACGAUCCUUCCCCGGCCUCUGGCACGCUUCGUCCACCAUCUCAGCAGCAGAGCCAAAGCUACUCCGAAUCGAUGGUCGUCAACCCGCCUCAAUGGCACUUCGAUUCCCGCUCCUGUACCCCACUCGACCAGCUUGAGAAUUACAACAAGAGCCCGUAUAGCAUCCUGUUCUACCUCAGCGACAAGAAAGGCUUGAGUACGAUCGAGCUCAAGAAGCCGCGCAAAGACGGCUCAUCUACCGUCGAUAUAGCUCACUUCGAAUGCAUCGAUGAUAGCGGAUCGUCUUUGAAGUUGGUCCUGUGGGACGAUGUUGCCGAGUCGCUCGAUCGGGCCUGUUCAGUCGGAGACAUCAUCUACUUAUCAGGAAUUGCGAUCUCUACGUACCAAGGCAAGCCUCAAGCAAGUUCGACCUUCGGAACUCGCGCGCAAAUCUGUUAUCGACUCCGACCCACCCAUGCCUCCCAUUUACUACUAUAUUGUCCUGAUUUGAGGUUGGCUUAUGACCCUACUACACGGAGAGUCAGUCAGUUGGUCGACUGGGCUAAAAGCGCAUUUUUCUGAUCUUGAGUAGUCACAUUUUCAAGCUGUUAGUCAAACCAAAAGAAAUCCUAUCUUUCUGAACACUUAAGAGAAUGUGAUCAGAUGGAUUACUUAGGUGUUGAUAUAGAUCUAUAUGUAGCAUUCUCAAGAAGAUGUAAACAGUUUGCAAAUUCAUACGUCGUACUAUGUAUCUAAAAAAAACAAAACUUCGAAAUUAUCUAUGUUACUGCAUAAUAUUUUCUGGAUUGAAUUUUUAAUCAUUCAAUUUUUUUGAAUCAA